AUGGCAGCUUACUUCCAACACCAGAAGACGCCUACCGACUUCACCACCGCCCUCAAUCACUUCACAAUCGAUGAUUUGCUCGUCGAUUUCCCUAACGACGACGGCGAAGUCGUCAUGAACGAUGCUUUUUUUCAAAAUUUUACUUCGAAUUCCGCUGAUAAUUCCUCUUUUUCCGGUAGCGAACCUCAUUUAUCCAGCAAUAUCACCUCCUUUUCCGGCGCUGAACUUUGUGUUCCGUAUGAUGAUUUGGCGGAGCUGGAAUGGCUGUCGAGUUUCACAGAGGAAUCAUUCUCCAGCGACGAUUUGCAUAAUCUCAAACUGAUCUCCGCCGCGAACAAAGUUCCGACCACCGACACCUCAUCUUCCGACACCACUCCGAGAAUCAUAGGUUCUAACAGAGUUAACUCACCGAUAUUUCAAACUGACGUUUUAGUCCCUGGGAAAGUUCGUAGCAAACGAUCACGCGCCGCUCCAUGCGAUUGGUCCUCUCGUCUCAUUCUUCUCAAAUCAUCUUCUUCAACCGAAAUUAACCUACAGCCUAAAACGAUGCCGUCGAAGACGGCGACAGCGGACGGUUCAGAGAAUUCGGUCCGGAGAUGCCUGCAUUGCGGUUCGGAUAAGACACCGCAGUGGCGGAGAGGUCCGAUGGGUCCCAAAACGUUAUGCAACGCAUGUGGAGUUCGUUACAAGUCGGGUCGCUUAGUACCCGAAUAUCGACCCGCUGCCAGCCCAUCAUUUGUACCCGCAAAACACUCCAACUCUCAUCGGAAAGUCAUGGAGCUCCGACGACAAAUGGAGCUCCGAAAUUCACACCAACCGUUUCUCAAUCAUAACUCCAACUCCGACGGAUGCAACACCACCGACGAUUAUUUGAUUCAUAGUCAAAUGGGGCCAAGCUUCAUGCACAUGAUCUAGCCACCGCCACCGCCACCUCCACCUCCACCGCCACACCAACCAAUUUUACUUUCUUACCAUUAAAACAGUAGUCUUCUUUCCAACAAGAAUCAAUCAAUUCAUUGUAGAAUUUUGUCACCUUUGUAAUCAAAAUUACUAAUCGUUCAUUUUA